AUGUCUCCUGACACAGUUACCCCAGUUGAUUGUUUCGCUCUCCCAUCACUCCGAUCCCUUUGGCUUGUUGAUUGUGGUGGAUCUGACGGUCUCACUCCUGCGUUAUUAAUGCAAGGUUCCCUCACUUCUCUUUUAGCCCUUGCAUUACGUGGAGCUAACCACAUAACAGCCUUUCCCUUCGAAGUGGAGUGUAGAAGAUUUACUUCACUGAGGGUGUUGAGACUGACAGGGUGUGAUGAGCUGGCAUCAGUGGAGUGUCCCAAGCUUGUGCAAGCAGCUGCAGCGGCAACUCCAGCAUCAAUAAUCAAGCGGGAAGAGGAGCAGGGGUUCACAUCGACUGUUGAAGAACUUGAAAUCGAUGACCCGUUCCUGCUCCACGUAGAGCCAUUGAGAAAACUCACGUCUGUCAGGCGGCUAGAAAUAGGAGAUGGUAGUCAUCUGGAGGCUGCUCUCGCGGAGCCAUGGCUGUUACAGAAUUCAACUUCACUGCGAAGUCUCCAUCUGUGGCGUAAAGCAAAGAUCUUGCCUUCUAGCCUCCAAACUCUCUCUUCCCUCGAGUACUUGACACUUGGUGAAGCUUGUGAUCUCCAAUCGCUGCCACAACUACCUCUUUCUCUGCGAACGCUGAUGAUCGGGGGCUGCAACGAGACGCUGAAGGAGCGAUGCCGGGAGAAUGAAGGUGCUGAUUGGCCCAACAUCCGACACAUCCCUGACAUCGAUAUUGAUUAG